AUGCCAGGAGUCCUAACAGAAACCCUCGCCGUCAAUGACGGGCCCCUCACCUCCGAGAACGCCGCCCUCCUCCGCCCCUCAGAUCCAUCGCUCCCCAUCGAAGAGCUUCGCAAACGCUACGACGAAGAUGGCUACCUCUUCCUCAAACAGGUUCUCCCGCGCGAAGAUGUCCUAGAAACCCGCCGCCACUACUUUUCUUACCUCGCACCCACCGAAGUCCUUAAAGAAGGCUCCGACCCCGUCGAAGGCAUCUUCAACCCCACCAAAGACCCUGAGCAUUACCCCGGCAUUGGGGCUGGUGCUGUUGGUGGGAACGGGAGACCCGGCGGCGAAAAGGCAGAUCAGUUCGUGGACCGCGCCAUAGAGGCCCACUAUAAGGACUGGUAUGUUGAGAAACUGUGCCAUCAUCCCGCGUUGUAUGAUUUCGUGGCCAAGUUUAGUGGGUGGGGGAAGGAUACCUUGACUUUUCAACGCACGUUGUUGAGGAAUAAUACCCCUGGGACGAAGCCCAUUGGAGUGCAUUAUGAUCAGAUCUUUUUGAGGUAUGGUGAGCCCACGAGCGUGACGGCUUGGGUGCCUAUUGGCGAUGUUAAGUUAAAUGGGGGUGGGUUGAUUUAUCUCGAGGAUGGUGACUCCGUCGGACUUAAGAUCGAGGAAGAGUUCACCACGAAAGCCAAGAAUGCUGGCUUGACAGAGGAGGAAGCCCGCUCUGCGUUCAAUUCGAACAUGAUGGCGACUGGGUUGCUGUCAGAAUUCCCAGCAGACUUUGCUAAGCAGCACAAUCGGCGUUGGCUAGCUUCUGCAUAUGAAGCCGGGGAUGUGGUCCUGCACAAGCCUCACGCGAUCCAUGCUUCAACCAUCAAUAAUGAUCCCGAGGGCAUUAUCCGCCUAGCUACAGACUUGAGAUUCUGUGACUCGUCGAAGCCUUAUGAUAAGAGAUGGACGAAUGCGUAUCGUUUUGGCGAUGGUGUCUAG